UCUGUUGUUUUGCAUUCAAUAUAAAAUUCUUUGGUGUCUAUUAGUGGAUGUGUUCACCCCCUGUGCAAAGGUGUCAAUAUUUUUUUUCGAAAUAAACUUAUUUUCAAAAGAUGAUCAACAUCCACUUAAUUCUGCUUUGUGUGUGCCUAUGCGUGGUCUCAUGCAGCGGUCAAAUUUAUUUCCACCAAUCAACACCGUUGGCAUAUCAACCGCUUCAUUAUCCACGAUACACUUCCCCACAGCCGGAUUUUAAGCCAAUCUCUGAGCCAAAUCAGGAAGGCUACGCUCAUCCUUCAGUUGUAGCCAAUGCGGAGCGAGAAGCUCAGUUGCCAGCGGAGCUAUCGAAGAGUCGCCGUUUCUAUAGUAAUCCCCAUAUCGCAGCUGCCCUCGCUAAAGAGUCACUCUUGACUCCCAAGGAAAUGCCUGUACUCGAUCGGGAAGCUGAGAAAAUUGAUCGUAAUGAAAUUUAUAAAAUAUUUCACAAUGCCGGAUGGGUGAAGCGAAGAUAAGGAUAGUUGAGCAUUUUUCAGUAACAUAAAAGAAUUUUUCGUGCUUAGUUUGAUUUGUUUAUUUGUUGUUUAUGUCUUGCCAAUCCACCUCAUCUAACCAUAUAUUUUGAUAUACUAUAUGAACAUAUGUUUGUUCGUAGCUUUAAAUUGUUAAAAAAUAUUUAUUGUUAUGUAAAUUAAGUAUUAUGUGUUGUAAAUAAAAAUUUUUUAAUAAA